AUGGGUCCUACAUGUUAUCUGGAAAGCUCGAUCAAGCGAAUGGACCGUGAGGACCAGGUCAUCUGUGAACUUGUUCCGUUGCCGUACGGCGCAGUCACGCUACGACAGGACAAAGGCGGUGGCGCUUGGUGUCCCAAACACAUGGUAACUAAGGAAGGCAAGGAGUAUCUGGAAGUGGAUCUGCACACACCGCGUUUACUGACGUCCGCUCGUACGCAGGGCAGAUUCGGCAAUGGUCACGGGGUCGAGUACACCGAGGAGUACUUUGUUGAGUAUUGGCGGCCGGGGCUCAACAAGUGGGUGCGAUGGAGGAAUCGACGUGGCAUGGAGCUUCUGGUGGGCAAUAACAAUCCGUAUACGGAGAAGGAACAGAUCUUUGAUCCGGCUAUAAUUGCAACAAAGAUUCGUUUCAUCCCUUACACCUCCCACAUGCGCAUAGUGUGUAUGCGCAUCGAGCUUUACGGCUGUUCGUGGACGGAGGGUCUCGUCUCGUAUUCCAUGCCCCAAGGAAUCAAGAGAGGUUCCGAGGUUGACCUUUCCGACAGGACGUACGACGGCCGCGAGGAAGGAGGUUACCUCUCCGGGGGACUUGGUCAACUUGUCGACGGGCAAAAGGGUCCCGACAACUUCAGAUUGGACGUCAGCGGCAACGGAAAGGGAUACGAAUGGGUCGGAUGGCGGAACGACACACCCAAUAUGCUCGGACGUCCGGUGGAAAUAACUUUCGAGUUCGACUACUUGAGGAACUUCACUGCCAUACACCUACACAUGAGCAAUUACUUCACGAAGGACGUGCAGGUCUUCUCUUAUGCGAAGGUCUACCUCGGCACAGGCGGCAACCACUUCACCGGCGAGCCUGUUCAUUUCUCUUACAUACCCGAUCAAGUGCUCGAGCAGGCGCGCGAAGUCACUAUAAAGCUGCAUUCGCGCGCCGGCCGUUUUCUGAAGCUGCAGCUCUACUUCGCGGCGCGUUGGAUCAUGCUCAGCGAAGUGAUCUUCGAAUCAGUUAUCUCAGAAUGGAACAAUACCGAGGACGAAGAGGCGAAGAACAAGAGUGCCAUUGUAUCGGCGACCGGCAGCCCCUAUCAGAAUAACGAGGGUCCACUGCAGAGGGACGAGGUGAAGGCUACUUUUAAUAAGGAGGAAAGCAAAGAUAACACCUUUUCAGAUAAGAGCAAGGAACCAGAAGCGAGACAGUUCGUCGGAUUAGUAAUCGGCAUUCUGACGACCGUAAUCGUGAUGUUGCUCGCAGCCAUCACGUUUAUCUUCUACAGGAACCGUAGACUGAAAGCUGCCUUGGCGCCGUCGACUUUCUACGAUCAACAGGGUGAUCUCAAGGUCACUAUAAAGAUAGAAUUCUUACGUAAUUCUUCACGCUAUCAUAGUUUAAAUUAAAUUAUUUAUACAUGUAUAGA